UUCAUGGCACACACGCUAUGGUUUCCCAGCCCCAUCAAUUAAGCCAGAGCUUGAGUCAGCAAUGGCCCUGUCGAGAGACGCAAAUCCGUCAACUCGCUGCUCUUCUUCAUCCUCGAAUACCUUCUCCACCAACCAUAGUCCUCUACGGUAUCAGCGCAACAUGCAAAUCAACACUUGUUUCCGAAGUCCUUGACUCCCUUCCCACGCGACACGCAAUUAUCCGAUGCGUUGAAUGUAUUACAUCACGCCAUUUGCUUCAGAAAAUAUUGAUAGAAACAUUGUCUGCGUUUGGGAUGGCGGAGGAAUGGGAGAAAUUCGGCAAGGGAAGAUGCGAGCAUGUUAGCACGCUUUUGAUUCUCUUAGGGGAUAUUAUUUCGGCUGCUAAAAGCCGCAAAAAUGUAGACGAUCUGAACGGGGAUAAGUUUGUGCUUGUGCUGGAUGGGAUCGAUAGGCAGAGGGAGGCUUCGCAGAUGCUUCUUGCGGCGUUGGCGAGGUUAGGGGAGAUGAUACCUUCAUUGAUUGUGGUUCUUAUCAUGAAUACGACGCCUCGUCCACUAUUUCUUCAGUCUUCGGGUGUGGCUCACAUCAACUUUCCACCAUACACACGCAAAGAAGCAAUCACCAUAGUUACAGCAGCCGGCCUCCCGAGGCUGGACGGGUUAUCCGAUGAGGAUAAUGACAAACUAUCCACUACUUCAAUGUUGGGUAUCUAUACCCAAUUCGUUGUAACGGUCUAUGACUCGUUGGUCGGUCCGACGGCAGGCACAAUUCCAUCCUUCCGGUCCAUUUGUGAGAGAUUGUGGCCUCGCUUUCUUCAACCUAUGACAAGCGGUGAAGAUCCUGGUGUUGGUUGGGACUUUACCAGGCUCCUACUACGGAAUCGAGCCAUGUUCAAGAUGCAGGGUGAAUCGAUGCUGGUACAUCAUAUUGUCUCUGUUCCGGAGGAAACCAGCAAAGAACAACAACAACACAAGACCAAGAAGAGAAAAUUAAACUCCAUAUCGACGUCGACGACGCCAAAGCUCCCAUCAUUACCAUACUUCCCAACCUUAGUCCUGACAUCAGCAUAUGUUGCAUCUCAUACCCCACAACGCCUAGAUACAAUCUUCUUCUCUAAAUUCUCAUCUUCCUCCUUAUCAGCACGCAACAAACGAUCCCACCAUAGACGACGACUGAAAUUACUCUCCCAAACCCAGGCGGAUGACGAGAAUGGCCACAAUAGCACGCCUAAAAAGGGCAAAAGAGUGAAAACAAAAAUCACAAAAUCAAUGCUCAAUUCAGCCUUUGCGACUACGUCAGCGACCACAUCUGCUAUCACCGGUGACAACGCCGCUAGCGGAGGCGCAGGCGGAGGAGGAGCAACACAGUUGACCGGCUCAUCAACACUUUUGACAGCUCGACCCUUCACUCUGGAACGAUUGAUAGCUAUAUACCACGCUAUCGAUCCCAACCCACCGGCAAAUGCUCUACAUACCGCCCCUAUAGCAGAUGCGGUAUAUAAUGAACUUGCGACUUUGCGUCGAUUGAGACUUGUUGUUCCUGCCUCUGGAGGUAGUACCCAGACUGUCGGAGGAGGUGCGACGGCCGUGAUGACGGCGGAUGUAGGUGAGAAAUGGUGUAUAAAUGUGUCUGGGGAUUGGGUUGGGGAACUCGCCAAGGGGAUUGGGGUUGAGGUUGGGGAGUGGUUGGCUGGAGGUUUGGAUUGA